AUGACGCAUGGUUUGCGUACGACGCCGCGCAUCACGACGUGCCAACCUAUUUUACAUAUGACGCCCGACCACGAGGGCACGAUAGGUUCAACCCGCUUUCCUCUCCUCUCCUACCGGCAUCGCUCUUCGCCCGUCAUCAUCCUCAUUGGCUCCUUCCCACCCGUCUCUGGUCUACGGAGGCCUCAUCUUCCGUGUUGGCGGUCCGCUGGGUCCAAUGAGCCGGGAUCCGGGAGCAAUAUUAUGAGCGGAUUUGAGUAUGGGAACAAGAGGAAUCGCCAGACUGGAGAGGCAGACACAACGGAAGGGGGGAGCUUCCAUCACACCCAACUGAUGGUGAUGGGAGAAGAUGGUGAGAUCCAGGUGGUCAAUCAACACAAGGAGCGGGUGCAUCCAGAAUGUCCCACAUUCACCUGUCCCCAAGAUAUCUCGGUCAGCUUGCUCGCUGUGAUACUUAUAUUUUGUGGCCUGGCCCUGGUGGCAGUCUUUCUCUUUGUGUUCUGGAAACUCUGCUGGGUGCCCUGGAAGAACAAGGUUCUCUCUAACACGUCCGUUCCCCGGGAUACGGUCAACGCCACCGCCACUGACCAUUACAAAGAGAUGAUGGACAAACCCAAGGAGUCCCCGUCCAUGAGCUUCCUGGAAGCAGCCAUGAAGAUCAGCCACACGUCUCCCGACAUUCCCGCCGAGGUCCAGAUGUCAAUGAAGGAUCACAUUCUGCGUCACACGAGAAUACAGAGACAGACAACUGAGCCAGCCUCAUCUUCCAGGCACAGCUCUUUUAAACGACACUUACCGCGGCAGAUGCAUGUGUCGAGUGUUGAUUUCAGCACCGACUGCUUACCCUACAAGGAACAAGUCACAAGCAUUGGACGGAUCAAACCUGAGCUCUACAAGCAGAAGUCCAUGGACUCUGAAGACACAAAGAAGGAAGCUGGGAAAAGCUGCGGGAAAAUCAACUUCACACUAAAAUACGACUAUGAGAAUGAAAUGCUGAUUGUCACGAUCCUCAAGGGUUUUGAUUUGCCUGCAAAGGACUUUUGCGGAAGCUCGGACCCCUAUGUAAAAAUCUAUCUUCUACCCGAUCGGAAAAGGAAGUUCCAGACGCGCGUGCACAGGAAAACACUCAAUCCUACCUUCGAUGAAAGUUUCCAAUUUCCUGUGUCGUAUGACGAACUCAACAACAGGAAACUACACUUGACUGUGUAUGACUUUGAUAGGUUUUCUAGACAUGACAUGAUUGGGGAAGUGAUUUUAGAGAACCUGUUUGAAGCAUCAGAUCUCUCCAGGGAAACCUCCAUCUGGAAGGACAUUCAGUACGCCACAACCGAAAGUGUGGACCUGGGCGAAAUCAUGUUCUCUCUCUGCUACCUGCCCCACUGCUGGCCGUCUGACACUGACCGUCAUCAAAUGCAGGAAUCUCAAAGCUAUGGACAUUACUGGAUACUCCGGCGUUAG